AGAUAAAAACUUCUGUUAUUUCAUUUUUGCAGGGCCAGCAACAAAUGUUUGUCAUGAUGUUGUAGACCAGAGAUGCAAGAAUGAUCUUCACUACAGCAAAACUUUAGUUCCUGUCAGUUUACAAACUGCAGAAGAUACAUUAUUUCAAGUGAUUAUUGACAGCAACUGUUCAGCUGAGCUGGAAAAGUUUAUUUGCUACACGCAGUUUCCACCAUGUGAUCCUAACCGCACACGUGAGACAACCAUGCCCUGCAAAUCACUUUGCGAUACAAUCAACAAGCAAUGCUGGAAGCAGUUCAUCGAUUCUGGUCUACCCUUGCCGCACUGUGACUAUAUUUAUCCCAGAACCGACAAAAAUAAUUCAACAGGCCUUUGUAAAGUUGAAAAGUGGCCGGCUUCUUGGCCUGAGGAAUUCAGACCACCACCACCCCCCCUUGGUACAUGUGAAAAACUCACAGUGAAGUCAUGCGCCAAUGCUGGAUACAAAUACAUAGCACAAUAUCCUAAACUGGGAGGCAAGUCCUUCCAAGAUAUUAAAGGAGAUCUACUGGAUCAGCUUAUCCCGCUGUUGACAUGCUCUCCCUACAGUAGCUUAAUUCUCUGUUCCCUGUUUCUUCCAAAAUGUGUUUCUGGAAGCAGUAGACCCAUGCUACCAUGCCGUCAAGUUUGUUUGGAUUUUACUGACAAGUGCAAGGCUGAACUGCGAUUAGUGUCAACUGUGGGAAUGAUGAUUGCACUUUGCGACCUCCUUCCAGUGUAUGAUGGGACACCCAUCAAGUGCAUCAUGCCGGAGAAAUUUCUGAGUAGUUCCAGUACACAGCUGUUCUCUGUCAGGGAUGUCUGUUACAAAGUCACGUCUACCAAGUGCUCCUCAGACCUCCACUAUGAAAAAACGUUUUUGCCAACAGAGGAUCAGAAAGCUUCUGAGUUUACCAUCUUGCAGCCAAUCAUAGACUCAGGUUGCUCACCUGAUAUUGAGAAAUACUUGUGCCAAACCCGCAUGCCUCCCUGCACAGCUGAUAUAUCUGUAGUUCAUCUGCCUUGCAGGGAGUUCUGUAAGAGAAUCACUCGUGACUGCGGUGCUGUUUUGAAAGCUAACAGUAUACCUGCUCUUCACUGUGACUACUUAUUUCCAGAAGGAGACAGUUCUAAUGGACUGUGUGACUUGAAGCAGUGGCCUGCUCCAUGGCCAUGGAAAAUUCCGGAUCCAUCUCCCCCUGUGUCAGAUGGGCUUACAGAGUGUGUUCCUCUCACAGCCAAGGCUUGUCAAGGGGCAGGUUAUGAUCUCACUGCGGACUUCCCAGCGAUUGACGGUCAGCCAUAUCAAGAAGUCAAAGGAAAAAAUCUGGAGUUUUUCCUGGAUUUUCUGAACACUUGUUCACCAUAUGGCAAGACAAUAAUGUGUUCGUUUUACAUGCCGAAGUGCAUGACGGGAUCGCCAAACCCAGUCCUUCCCUGCCGCAGCGUUUGUUUGGAGUUUGUUAGCAAGUGUCAGGGACUUCUUGCGCUGGCCUCACACGCGGGCAUGUUCAGAGCACUCUGUGAUUUGUUACCGCAGCAGGAUUUUUCCCCUACCACUUGUUUCAUACCCGAGGGGUUUACGCCAAGCACUACUGACGCUCUUGCUCCCAGACGUGGUGGCGAAUGCAGCAAAGUUGUGGAACCAAAAUACUGCUCCACAGAUCUGCAUUACAACCAGACGUUUGUCCCGGAGAAAGAUCAGUCCAGCGAAACUGUUCUACAAAGCAUCUUGGACUCCAAAUGUUCACCAGAGUUAGAAAAGCACCUGUGUUACACCACUGUCCCUCCAUGUAAGCCCAACGAUCUGUCCGUGUUUGUGCCUUGCAGAUCUAUCUGUGAGCAAGUAAGAAGAGAUUGUGGAGGAGAAUUCGAGAAAAAUAACAUACCUAUGCCAGAGUGCUCUAUGAUAUACCCGGAGGGCGAUGACCCCAAAAACAAAGGGUUGUGUCAUCUGACUGUCUUCCCGGUUGCGUGGCCCGUCAAGAGAGUGGAAGUGGUAAACGAGCGCCAGAUAGCCCCUAACGAAGGUGGACUGAUAGCUGGUAUUGUCAUUCUACUUGGUGUGUUAUUCGCAGUUUUGUUGAUAGCCGUGAUGUACUUCCAGUGGCGCCGCGGCACCAAGCAGUUUGCUGCACAGCGGUUUGAAAAUGUGGAGCAUGAGUCGAAUGCAUGAACGCAGGUGUGGUUGAAAGGCCGAGAUCUUCCCUCAGUUUCAAUGUAUUUUUCAUCACCAAUAGGCCAUUUCACAGUUGUGUGCAUAGUUACCUAGCCUAUGAAUGCAAUACAGACCUCUCUGCUUUUCUCAUUUAAAUGGCAGCUAGUUAGCAUAAGAACAACUUAAUUUACACAACAAAAGCAGUGAGGGCUUAAUCGGAAAAAGGUCACCUGCAGGCUCGCUGCCAUUCACUGGCCAGGGGCCUGUUUCUCGAAAGCCCCGGAAAGUUUUCG